UUCUCACGCAGCUCAAGCACUGAAAUAAAAUAAGCGUGUUGAAUGGAAAUGAUCAUGAAGCGAUGAAUGGAAAGCUUCCGCUUUAACUUGUCAGAAAGACAGAACCCGUCGUGAGAUGCUUUAUGAGCCGCAGAGCGCCGCCUGCUGGAGAAACAAGAACCUCGCCGAAUCUCACCGAACCUCGCCUAACCUCACCGAAUCUCACCGAACCUCGCCGAACGAGAACUCGCUCAGUCAGCCAUGUAAAGUGCAGGCGACGGGAUCCUGUUCCCAGCGAAGAUUAUUCCUGAUCUUCAUAUUUCAGAUCGCAGGGAAACAUGGUUCAGUCCUGCUCGGCCUACGGAUGCAAAAACAGAUACCACAAAGAUAAAAACAUCUCCUUUCAUAAGUUUCCUCUGGCCCGGCCGGACGUCUGUGGGAAAUGGCUGGCCGCUAUGAAGAGAAGAAACUUCAAGCCCAGCAAGUACAGCAACAUCUGCUCUCAGCACUUCACCAGAGACUGCUUCAAACACGAGUGCAACAACCGUGUGCUGAAGGACCACGCCGUGCCCUCGCUCUUCUCCUCCAGCAGACUGCAGAUGCAGGCAGCGUCUCUGGAGGAGAGCUUCAGCGCAGACUUGGCCUUUCCUCUGAGCCUGCCGCUGUCUGAUGCAGCGGUGUGUCCGUCUGAAGCCGAGCCCGCUCCGCUCCUCCACACCAGCGCCUUCGUCUCCUGCGACCACAACUACACGGUGGAGGACACGCUGCAGCAGAAGAGAUGCAUCGAGCAGCUGCAGGAGCAGAUGGAGAAGCUGCGCAAGAGACUGAAGAUGGUGCAGCAGAAGUGCAGGCGGCAGGAGAGGCAGCUGGAGCGCUUCAGAGCCAUGAGCGAGGUCCAGAGGGACACGGCGCUGGGAGACAGCUACGUUGUCCUGCCCAAAGAGAUCUACGACGUCCUGAAAGGAAUAGAGACCAUCGGAGAGGAUCAUCCGCUUCAGAGCAGAACUAACUCAAUAACUGCGUGAGAGGAUUCAGGUGUGAUCGUUUGCAGCGUUGAAUUCAUCUGAUUCGGUCAGAGUAACUAGCACUUGUGAAAAUAGUCCAUGCGCUUGGAUGCCAGAUGAGCCCCGGUGCACGAGAGACUCGACCGACGCUGGAGCUGAUGCUGACUCUGUGACAAACGCUUCAGUAAAUCAGGUUCUCAUUAUCUGCAGAUUUGUUGAAAUGGCAGCAGAUCAGUGUUUAUUCUGUUAUUAAAUGUUUUUUCUAAUUUAAACCUCUAGAAUUUAUACUGACUAGUUUGUUUUGAUUUGAUGAAUGUACUAAGAUGACCAAACUGGACUUCACUAAACACAUUUUCAGUAGCCUUAGUCACAUAUCAAAGGGCUUUGCGCUGUUCGCUGUUGUUUUUCACCCCUUACUGAUUCAUUUAUUAUUUACAAAACUUUAAUAAUCGUGGAAUCAAUUUAAGCCACAUGGGUAAAAAUAGAUUUUUUUGCUGGGAAAACUUCAUUCAUAGUUGCCUUACGUCACAGUGCAUUGUUCAUGUGUUUGACUGUUUCAAUACAACACUCUCAUUCUUGAGCUGAGCUUGUGCUUGAAUGAGUUUCAGUGUCAUCUAAAUGUCACGCUUUAUUACGGUCUUGUACUGACACACUUAUUGGAAGAUGAUUGUAUAUAUGGUCAAUAGCUGUAUAUAUGGUCCAAGGCACAACCCUUACAAAACUCUAUACCACAAUAAUGAAUGUUUCCUCCAAAAUAUGAAUUACUACACUCGGAUCAUAACAAAUAAAUAUGAUAAAUGAUUCAAA